AUGAAUAGGUGUCAUACAGAUUGCUUGGAAAAACCUCUCUCAAAAGGAUUUCGUAGUCUGGGGAAGUUGAUUGCCAGAUAUCCAUGGUUGUUUAUAGCUAUACCGAUUGUGCUAUCUGUUGCGUUUGGAAUGGGGUUUCGCUAUCUGGAACAAAGGCAGAGCAAUGACUUAGAAUAUCAGUUUACACCAACUGGUGGUCCUGCCAAAGAAGAGAGGGACUUUAUUAGACUGCAUUUUCCAAUGAAUGGCUUUGGCCAUUUCUCCACAGAGAGGUUGUAUACAGAUGGCAACUUUGCAUCUCUCAUUAUUGUAAACUCAUUACAAAAUAUCUUGACAUGGGAAGCUCUUGAGGAGCUACAGAAACUGGAUACAGCUGUGAAAAGCUUAAAAUCAGAGUCAAACAUCAGCUUUCAACAUGUGUGUGCCCAAGUCAAUGUUUCCACUUGUUUCCCAGCCAAUCCCUUGUUGGAUGUAUUGUUGAGGAACACAUAUCACGUCAAAUUAAGUUAUCCUAUGUUCCAGAACAGAACCUUUUUGGGAAUGUACCUUGGAGGUGUAAAACUAGGCCCAUCAGACACUGUGACAGAAGCAAAAGCCAUCAAGCUAAUAUAUUAUCUAAGAGAGGACACAGCACAGAGCAAAAAUAAAAGCCUACAGUGGCUCAAACACUUUAUCAAAACUAUCCCACAACAAAUAGAUGAAUUACAGCUGAAGUGUGUGCAGGUUUAUUACUCCACAUCUAUUUCUCUGCAAAAUGAGUUUGAAGAAAACACAAGGACAGUUAUUCCCUACUUCACCAUCAGCUUCUUUGUGACUGUGAUAUUUUCUAUUGUGUCCUGCAUGAGAUUGGAUAAUGUGCGAAACAAAGUUUGGGUAGCGCUGUUUGGAGUAAUUUCACCGGGAUUAGCUAUUAUAACCAGUUUUGGCUUACUAUUAUUUUGUGGGGUUCCAUUUUCCGUAAUGUCUGUAAAUGCACCAUUUCUUAUUUUAGGAGCUGGUGUUGAUGAUGUUUUCAUUAUCAUUUCUUGUUGGCAACAAACCAAAGUGAAAAGUCCAGUAGAAGAACGAAUGGCUGACACGUACCAAGAGGCAGCCGUGUCUAUAACAAUUACUACUCUUACAGAUGUUUUAGCUUUUUACUUAGGAAUAAUGACCCAUUUCCCAUCCGUGCAAUCCUUUUGUACCUACACGGGUACUGCUCUUGUGUUUUGCUACAUUUACUGCAUUACUUUCUUUGGUGCCGUAUUGGCCCUAAAUGGGAAACAUGAAAAUGAAAAUAGACAUUGGCUGAUCUGCAUGAAAGUAAAAGACACAGAAGAAGAAGAUAACAGCAUGGUCUAUAAUAAGUGUUGUGUUGGAGGAUCAUUUGACACAUUACAAGGGACGGAAAAGGAACAUCCUAUGUCAGUUUUCUCUUACAGGUUUUAUGGUCCAUUUCUGACCAAUUCUUGGACAAAGUUACUUGUGUUUGUUAUAUAUAUUGUGUACUUGGCCACCAGUAUCUAUGGCUGCAUUCACAUACAAGAGGGUAAAGCGUUCCAUAAUUUAGCCAAUUAUAAUUCUCCCUUAUAUCAGUUCUAUGUUAUAGAAUCAUUAUAUUUUUCAAAAUAUGGUCCUAGAAUUAUGGUUGUAGUCACCAAUGAAGUUAAAUAUUGGGAUUGGACUACCCAUGAAGAAAUCAAGAUCUGCAUGAAAAAGUUAGAAAAUAACUAUUAUGUUGAAAAAAAAUAUUCGGAUUCUUGGCUGACAAAAUAUGGCAUACUUUCAAAAACACUAAAUCUUAAUAUAACAAGUCAAGAUCAUUUCUUGAGAAAUUUAAACAUUUUAUACAACAAUUAUUCAGACUACAAACAUGAUAUUGAUAGAGAUGAAAAUAAAAUAUUUUCUUCUCGUUUCUUUAUUCAGACAGUUAAUAUAGCUACUGUCAAUGAUGAGAAAAAUAUGUUGAAGCAGUUACGGGAAAUUGCUGCUAACUGCAAUAUUCCCUUAAUGGUGUAUCACCCAGUGUUUAUUUAUUUAGAUCAAUAUGAGGUUAUAAUUCAAAAUACAAUUCAGAAUGUUAUCGUCGCUGCUGCAGUUAUGUUAGUAAUCUCAUUACUAUUCAUUCCAGAUCCACUGUGUUCUUUGUGGGUGACUUUUGCAAUUGCUUCCAUCAUUGUAGGUGUCACAGGUUUUAUGGCUUAUUGGAAAGUUAAUUUGGAUUCAAUAUCAAUGAUCAACCUUGUUAUUUGCAUUGGGUUCUCGGUUGACUUUUCUGCUCAUAUAGCAUAUGCUUGUGUUUCCAACAAGAAAAGUAAUGGGAAUGAGAUGGUGAUAGAUGCUUUACAUUCUCUUGGGUAUCCAAUUGUACAGGGAGCCUUAUCAACAAUAUUGGGUAUUGUGGUUCUUUAUCCUGCAUCAUCUUAUAUAUUUAAAACAUUUUUUCAGAUCAUGAUCCUAGUCAUUACAUUUGGAGCUGUCCAUGGUCUGGUAUUUGUUCCUGUGUUCUUAACCAUGUUUCGGACAUGGGAGCUGCCAUGCAAAAAUAAGAUAAAUUCACCAAAAAUGAAAAAUGGAAAAACAAAUACACUGAGUGAGACAGUGUUAGCUAAGGAAAAUCCAAUAUGCCACAAAAAUCAGAGAAGUGUAAGAGAUGAAAUAGCUCUGCCGGGAUAUGUUGAUCCAGUACUGCAUGUCAUAAACACAGAUAUUACAUGUAGCAUUUGCUAUAGCAGGCACUGGCAAAAAAGUACUGCCCACCAAACAAAUGAUAAAGUCAAGCAGAAGGAUAACCACAAAUACAUUGAUUACCAGAGGAGAAUUGUAAAGAUUAACUUUGAAGAGGUCAAAGGCUCUACAGCUGAGCUACGCAGAGAUAUAGCUGCCCUGGGGGAGCGCACCAAGACUCUAGAGCGCAAACAUGAGGACUUAGCUGUGGAUCACGCAAACCUCUUAUCGUACUCCCAGAUCCUAUCUGUUCAAAUAUCAGAGCUGGUAUAUGCGGUGGAAGAGCGCUAG